AUGUCAACACCAAGUAAACGCCAUUUAGCACAAAGGACGGAAAAAAGAGACUUAGAAGAACUGUUUGAAAGGUAUGGCAAAGUUCUAAGCGUUGACGUCAAACCAAUGGGCUAUGCUUUUGUGGAAUUUGAGGAUCCUCGAGAUGCUGACGACGCAGUAAAACAGUUAAAUGGCUAUGAGCUUGAUGGCGCUCGAAUUGCUGUAGAAUGGUCACGUAGAUCUGGAGGUCCUGGUAGUGGAUGUUUCUUGUGCGGCGGUCAAGGUCAUUGGGCUAGAGAAUGUCCCGAUGCACGAGAAAAGGGAAUGGAUGUAAGAAGUGGACGUUGUUUUAGAUGUGGUGAGAUUGGGCAUUUAGCAAAAUACUGCAGAGGUGACGGUGAUUAUGAUCGUCGGCCUUCUGGAAGUCGUUAUAGUCGAGGCCGUUCACCGCAUCAUCGGAGUGGAUAUUAUGAUGAUUAUAAUGAUCGCGAACGAUAUAGUCGUCGAUAUUCACGAUCACCUCCCGGAGGAUACGGUGGUGGCUCGUAUGGUGCAUCUGGCAGUAGAAAUCGGUCGAGGAGUCCAUAUUAUAAUAGCAAGCGGAGUCCAAGCCCUUAUGCGUAUGAAAACUAUUCAAGCAAGAGAAGCCCAAGCCCGAGUCCGUAUGGAUGGAUAGAGAAUGGUGGCUCAGUUUCUGGCUCGGGAGGCAACUCAGGCGCGGGAUUCUUUUUGGGAAACUGUGCUGAUGCUGCUAUUAUUUGUUGGCAGCGUGCAUGGCUAUUUUUAUAA